ACGAUGUGAAAAUAAAUUUCAUUCCGGAAAGUUAUUUUGUUUUCUUGUUUCGUCGGUGUGUCAAAAUCAUAAACAACGACAUUUACGAAACAUUCACCGAUACGGAGCGUCUGAUUGGAGAUGUCGGAUCAAAUCCGGUCAUAAUGAAUCCAACCAACAUCAUCUUCGAUGGUCCGCCAUCUAGACGAACAUGGAACACUGGUUGGAUGGGGUCUCGAUACAGGGCAAGCCAAGAUCCUGGACGAAUGAAAAAGUCCCAAGCAAAUCCACAAUCAAAACAACAGUCCUCCUUUCCACUCAUCAAACCAGAAGGCAACAUAUUUUUGGUGCCCCUCCAUCGUUUUGCUGAAAUGGGAUCGAAGCGGAAAGCUAGAGCUCGGCUCGGUCGGUUGACCGACAAAAGCGAAAGGAGCAUAACGCUAACACCGUCCAGUGGAAGCAGCAAACACCGGCGACCGUUUCGUAAACGAAUGCUUUUUUGCAAAAGUUGCGAUGAGACCGCCACGGAAAAUUCCAAAUCAUAAGCAGACGAAGACUGCAGCUCAAGAAUGGAAUGAAGGUGUUGCUGAUCUCCGAUACGACUACGAAUAAAUCUGACCACAGCACUCCAUCGUGGGUCAUCUGAGCGACCCGCACGUAUUUUCCUGAUUGGCGUUUGAACGCUUUUCGCAGCUUUUCAUAGCACCACUGUUACAGUACACUGUACCACCACCGCCACUACCACCCAGAUCAGUCAAUCACACCAUGUACAAUACUAUGUAGCACUUGUCGCUUAAAUUAAACAUAGUGUGGAACAUAUGUGACUACCAUGCUUAGUACCAAUUGCACUUUUCUUUCCCUUUCGAAAAACAACCCCCACCAUUUGUAAAUUUCAAUGGAAUAUUAUUGGAAAUUAUGGAAAGACACAUAAUCAGUGCAGUUAGAUUGCCAAGUAAUCUCGCAGGUAAAACAUUAUCCCAAAUGAAUUCCUUUCGAAGGUGCUUGGGAAAAAUAUCGUACUACUCGGAGAAACCCAGCAAAUUGAACUUGUCGACUGAUGCGUAAUCGUUUGUCCAAAUUGACGUCUGGAAAGUUACCUCAAUGGAUCAUAAUCCAACUGGCAUUUAGUCUUCCGAUAGUUAUUUUCGAUUAGCAGCAACAUUUCCAACAGAGACUUCAGAGGGAGAUUCCUCAACCAAAUUAGA